AUGUUAAAAUCGAACUGUCUUUCCCUUUUUAUUGUUCCGCCUCCAACUUACCAUUGGUUCUAUCCAGGAGGUCUUUCUUUUGGAGACACUGUUAUACUUAAGUUCAACAGAACGUUCAGAGAUGAGAACAUUUCUUGUGAGGCCACAAACUCAUAUUAUUCACUGAAUGGAACAAUAACUUCAUUUUCCACAACGUCGGUCACUUCGAUCAAAAUUAAAGUUACAACAAGACCAGAUAUUCCAAAAUACUUCUGUAUCCUAUCGGUCACGGAGUCAGCGACGAAUCUUCGAUGGGAACCGGGUUUUGAUGGAGGUGACGAACAGCAUUUUGUUAUUAGGUUUCGGAAGAUACAUGCUACAGAAUGGACGAAUAUUCGUGCACAACUCAUAAAUACAUACCUAUUAGAAGGCUUGGUACCAGGAACGGGUUAUGAGCUUAAGUUGCUGGCAAAUAAUGUUGUUGGUUCAUCGGCAGAGACAGAUACACUUACGUCUAGUACACUUAAUUCGAACAUAACAAGAUUAGAUACACAUGAAGAUGCUACCCAAGCAGCACAGCAUUUCAAUUCUUGCACGACACCAUUAAUAGGUGGUGUGGCACUGGCUUGUGUCAUUGGUGGAGGAAUUAUCGCGCUAAUUUUGGAGAGACUGAUUUGGAAACUUCGUAAGAAACCGUUGAAUACUGGAAAGCGAUGCACUUCAACUGGACCCUACGAUAACUUACAAAUACCAAGUCUGGGCCUAACAACAAUCACGCAUUCGGAUAGGAGCUAUGAACGUUGCGUUGUUGAUUCUGCACAACAAUUUCAGUACCAAAGUCUCUCUGAUGAAAGAAACUUCCAACAAUACCUCGAAACUCCGGUAUCAACCACAGCUGUACAAAAACAACCCAAACCGAACAUCUGUACAUCAGAAACUGUACAAGCGACAGCCGACAGAAGCGACAUAACGUAUACAAAUAUGAUAUAGUAUGAAAAUUAAAUACAAAUGCAACAGUUCGUGUACAUGUAUAUCAACCACUUAAAUCAUAUGUUCUGUGUGAAUUAUAUUGAAAAAAAAAAUCUGCAAAAAACUGCAUUUGUAUAUAAAGUAAGUCAUCAGCGUUACACAAUAUCUGAUAAGUAAAGGAACUUUAAAAAAAAUCAUUAUCGGGUCUAUAAAUGUAUGAAGAAAUAUACAUUUGUUAUUUCUAGAACUGAUUCAGAUAUUUCAUUAAACAUUUUGAUAUAACUUAACACGGUCAAAAUUAUAAUGUAAGGAAAUAUAUGAAUGUGUCUUCAAAUUUGGAUACAUUAUAUGUAUUAAUGGCCGUUAUUUUCAUAACUGUGGUGUAUAAAUGAUUUCGAAAGGCGCACUUUUAGUCUCGUGACCCAUACUUACAUCCGCUUCCGAUCACAUUCUACCUGGUCCUAUUUUGUAAUGCCUCAAAUAAAUAUGACUGUUGUGUUUCACCUUUGAAGAGGUGGGAUAUAGUGCUUUGUAUAUAUGUCCUUGAGUCGAACAGUCGUCGGUCCAUCGGUUGGUUUGACAAUGUUGUGUCCGCACGAUAUCUAACGAACACUUUAAAUUUAUAAUAAUUAAGGAGUUAUACUGCUAACUUUCGAGGAAAGACAGAAGUCUAAUGAUUUUGACGUUAACAGAUCAAAAGGCCGAUGCUGUGUACAUGUAUAUACAAAAUUGACUGUUAUGUCUAGUUUUACGAAAGCAUGAAACAAAACAUGGGAUUACUCUUAUAUGUCGGAAACAGAUAAUCAGUGCCGAAAAGCACUACGAAUGCGCCCAUUCAUUCGCACUUACUAUUGUCGUUAAAUGCACCAAGUAUUUGUGUUUUUGUAAAGCCAGUGCCGAACUAAGGUACGCCCCGAAUGUCUGUUAACCGAUGAAAAGCUUGUAUUUCAUUUAAAUAAUGUAGGUUAUAACAAUGUGAUGUAAUAUUUUCGUGGCAUUUAGUACCUUACUGAUAAUAUUACGAAUGUUAUUAAAGAUGUUGGAGUAUUAUAGUAUGUUGUGGGUUUAUGCUGUUAACCUGUUUGUUUAUAAUUAUAUGUUAUGCGGUUGUAUGUAUCAUAUGCAUUAUGAUCAUAAAAUGUUGACGAA